CUGAGCUCCAACCUAUUGUACUAGUAAUCUAAAGUGUCAUGUGAGUAUUUCAUAUGGCUCCAGGACAAGAUACACACACACACACACAUACAUACACUCACAUGACCAUAUACACCGACAUAUACACAUAAUCAGUUUAUAUACACUCAUGGACUAACACAUAUACAAUACAUGGACAUACAUAUAUGCAUACAAACUCAUACACAAAAGAAGCACUCAGUCAUUCUCGGUUAAAAGGACUAAUAAUAAAAUAUAGACACACGCAUACAUAUAUAUACAUACACAGCUUCAUAAAUACUAACAUGCUUAAUUACAUACAUAUUUUCAGUUAGAAAGAGAGAAGAGACUAAAUAAACCAGGCAAAUAGGAAUUUGUAUAUAUUUGUUUCACAAAGAAUUUUAUAUAAAUAUAUAUUUUUAUAUUAUAAAAUAUCUUAAACAAGUGCACAGGAUAUAUUCCCCAAACUUACAAACUUCAUCAUCAUCAGCAAUGUCUUCUGCUGGCUAUGGAACCAUACCAAAACAGUCUGGAGGGCCCAACCUGAAUCUUUCAGGAAGAUUAGAUUUGUCUUAUUUAAUGUCCCAGCGUGGAGUUCUGAAAGUGCUACAGAUAGUCUUCACACUGAUUGCUUUCAUCUGUGCUUGUAUCAACCCCUGGUGGACACGUUGGGGCGGUGCAUGGGUGCAGUUUGUUGCUAUUUCUGCAUUUGCUUGGAGUCUCCUGUCUUUCUUCUUCCACAUCUGCAAUGCCUUCAAUAAUCAGAAUGCCCACCGUUUUCAUGUAGCAGAAGCCAUACUCUACAGUAUAUUUACAAUAUGUUUGUUGUCUGCUGGUAUCAUUGCUGCAAUUAGAGCUUACAGCCGAAGUAGCAUAGUAGCAGCCACUAUAUUUACCAUUAUGGCUACUGUCCUAUAUGGCGUUGAAUCAAUUCUUCUAUUCCGUGAUUGGUCAGAUAGUCGUGGCUCAAAUUCUUCAGCUGGAAGACCACAACCAACUACAUCAGAACCACCAAGUAAUCCCAAUGUAUAAGUUCCUCCAGUUGAAUCACAACCUUUCUGUCUCCUUUUGUAAUAAAUAUAAUACAUUUUUUAAAAAACAUUUGAUAUAAUUUUA